UGUGCCUUCAACCAGAACAGUGCAGUGAAGAGUGUAUGCACCAUGCACUUUCGGAGCUACAUGGGCCUGAGAAAGCUGUCUUCUUGCUUUCCUCUGGUUGCGCCAAAGGCAGCUGUGGUUUGUGACGAGAUGCUCGCGAGCCAAGCCGGUCUGGAUGUACUACGCCACGGCGGCAACGCCGCUGACGCUACGCUCGCAAUGGCGGCCUGCAUGCAGGUUCUGCAGCCUUACACCAUGGGACUUGGCGGCGAUUGCUUCGCCCUGCACUACGAGCCCAAGACGCAGAAAGUGCGGUGUGUGGACGGAUGCGGAAGAAGCCCAGCCGCCCUGUCAUUACAACUCGUCAAGUCAAAGGACCAGCCUCACCAGUCUGACUCAGAGGUGCAAAUCUCAGGCCUACAGGCAACAGUGCCGGGAGCGGCAAAAGCGUGGUUUCACAUUGCGCGCUGCUUUGGCUCCGGAAAGGUGACGAUGAGUGAGCUCUUCGCACCCGCUGUCCACUACGCCCAGCACGGGUUCCCCAUGGAUCACGUGAAGCAAAGCAUUUGGCAACUGAAGCAAAAGGCAUUGCUUGAGAUGCCAGGUGGGCGUUACUUCCUGGAUGGCCGUUCUCGUGUGCCAACCCUCGGCCAGACUAUCACUAACCAACCAUUGGCGGCGCUGCUGAAGAAGUUCGCCCACGAGGGACCCCAGGCCGUGUACAAAGGCAUCGUAGCCGAAAACAUUGCUGAUGCCGUGCGCCGUGCGGGUGGUGUCCUUUCUACUCAGGACCUUGCAGAUCACCUUGAAUCGGCGGAACCCCUCGAUGUGGAGCCCGCUUCCACGACCUACCGGGGUAAUGUGAAGGUUUACACGACCCCGCUACCCACCCAGGGGGCCAUACUGCUAGAGGCGCUCAACAUACUCGAGUGUUUUCAAUUGAGGGGCCUACAGGAAACUCCAGGACAAUUCGAACACCUGACGAUUGAAGCCCUUCGCCACGCCAUUGCUGAUGGUUUUCGAUGCGUGGCGGAUGUUGCAGCCGGAGGAUCAUUGGAGAAAAUGGUUUCCAAGGAACACGCGCGGAAGUGUGCGGAGAUGGUGAGUCUAUACAGGAGACAAGAUACCGUGUACCCUGAUCAAGAGCCAAUGUGCUGGCGCUCUGGUACGACGUUCAUGGCCGCGAUUGACGACGCUGGAAGUGUAUGCGCUUUAAUGGGCAGUAAUUCAGAGUUUUUUGGCUGCACGGUAGUGGAGGAACAAGGUAUUUGCGUCCAGACGAGGGCAACGGGAUUCAACCUGGUGCCGGGACACCUCAAUUGCAUUGGCCCUAGUAAAAAACCCUACCACACGGUCAUGCCUGUCAUGCUUACUGAUGCAAACUCUGGUACCUGGAUUUGCACGCUAGGUGCCAUGGGAGGCAUGACGCAGGCCGUCGUCAUCACACAGUUGUUGCUCAAUAUGAUGGAACUUGGUCUAGACCCACAAGAGUCUCUGGCGCGGCCGCGAUUUCUGCUGGGCUCCCCGAUUCGCUCGUAUCCUGAUGGUGCUCUUUUGGUGGAAGCUACAUUUCCAAAGGACGUGCUACUGGCGCUCAAGCAGCGGGGCCACAGCGUGAAGGACAAAUGCGUAGACCCUCGCACACACGGCGCAGGGCAUGCCAACAUAUUGGCCAGGGCGUCGCUAUGGUCUGCCAAGGAAGAUGAGAGAAACGCCGUUGGAGGCCGGCAGUCCACCGAUGUCGGUCCCAUUUGGUGUGGUGUCGAACCUCGCAUCAGCGGCUCCGCUUUGGGAUAUUGAAAGCACUCGUAGUUUGGCAUAUUUCCGCCUAAAGUGCCGCA